CUGGACUCGCGGUAGUCAUUCAUAUGAGGAGCUUCACGUUUAUAUUAUUAAUCUAACAAACAGAAAACCCUCCUACUGACACAUUUGUCCUUGAGGGGAUAUAAAGUCUUUCCGUUUCCGUGGGUAAUAUACUUUUAAUUUGUAAAAAGUGUGUGAACAGCAGCGCAGUGGUGAGACCGCCCACUUCUUUACGCGCAGACUUUCUUCAGUCAGCAGUCUUCACAGCGCUCUGCUCCUCACUCACUUCUCUCCAGUCUGAACCUUCUCUUCACCAAAGAUGACCGUGGAACUGACGGGAGAUCAGCUGAUGCUGGCGGAGACCGAGCUGAAGACAUAUCUUCCUCAUUCACAGACGGUCUAUGGUUGCUUGGUUCUCAGAAACAGAGUCAGUGCAGAUCCUAUGAAUGUUUUUGUCGACAGAUGGCCAAAGUUCAGUGUAAUCAUCUGCAAACCACUGUACCAACAGGAGAGUGAUCUAUUUAAGGACAUAGUUGUAUUUGCAGUUGAUAAAGAUAGUCUCAAGGAAACAAUAAAGAAGUCUUCCAUCAUUGACUGGACUCGGUUCUUCUGUCUUGGGACCAGUUUCUCUCACAUGGAGACAAUCACAUCUUUGGCAUCAGAAAAAAAUGUGCCCAACCAAAGAUUGUCAUUAUGUCACAUGAUGACACUGGAAGAUGCAACAAAGCUCCCCGACAUAGACAGCACAGGGAUCUCAGUUAGCUCUCUGGAUGAAUCACACGUCGGCUUGGUGUGUCAGACGUGGAAGUUCGGAAGAAACGAGGGGGCCCUUCGAAUGAUCCGGAACAUGGUGGUGAACUUCCCCUCCUGCUGCGUGCUGGAUAGCGAUGGAACGCCGGUGUCCUGGAUUCUCACCUACACAUCAUGUGCCAUUGGAAUGUUGUACACUCAGCCAGAGCACAGAGGGAAAGGCUACGCCAAAGUUGUGGUGACUAGCUUGGCCAAGAGAAACCAUGCCCUGGGUUACCCAGUGUACUGUUUCAUAGAGGAGGAGAACGCACUGUCCUACGGACUCUUUCAGAGUAUGGGAUUCACCGAAGAUCCCUCAUACAGGGCAACAUGGUUUGGAUUCAAUGAUUUUUAAAUAUUUCUAGGAGUGUCUUUGCUUUUGCCCUAAAGAAAAUUAAAGACAUUCUGGAAUUGUUUCCCCCUCUUACUGCCCAGAAAAAGAUCACGUGCAUUUUAAGUGCAGCUAGAAAGAUAACUUUAAUCAGCACAACUUUUCAGAAAUGUCAUCUGUUCUCUGAAGAAGCACCAGAUGCUUGAAUGGAUCUGAAAUGUGAAAAAAAAAAUCAACUUUAAUUAAAAUGAUGUCUAUUUAAAUUACAUUUUGCUCAACAUUUUCUUUCCAAGCUUUCCUGAUUACAAGUUAUACUAACAUUUAGUUCACAUGUAAAAUUGUGAAGCUCAUUUAUGAAUGUAUUUUUAUUUUUACUGUUCAUGAGCUGAUCUGUAAGGAGAGACUGCCAUCGUGUGUACUUCAGAUAAAGUUCUGCCAAGAAAGAGGAUGUUUUUUUGUUGUUUUUUUUGAGCGAUCAAACAUGAAA